CCAGCCCCCGGCGGGGGCGUCCUGCGGGCGGCGGCGCGGCCGGGGCUGCUGGGACCGGCAGCCUGGGUGCCCCAUGGGGGUCCAGGGGCUCUGGAAGCUGCUGGAGUGCUCCGGGCGGCCGGUGAACCCCGAGACGCUGGAGGGGAAGGUCCUGGCCGUGGAUAUCAGCAUCUGGCUAAACCAGGCUCUCAAGGGCGUCCGGGACCGUCACGGCAACUCCAUAGAAAACGCCCAUCUUCUCACUUUGUUCCAUCGCCUCUGCAAGCUCCUAUUUUUUCGAAUUCGUCCUAUUUUUGUCUUUGAUGGGGACGCUCCGCUACUGAAGAAGCAGACUCUGGCCAAGAGAAGGCAGAGAAAGGAUUUGGCCACUAGUGACUCCAAAAAAACUACAGAGAAGCUUCUGAAGACAUUCUUGAAAAGACAAGCUAUCAAAACUACCUUAAGAAGCAAAAGAGACGAUCCACUGCCCAGUCUGACCCAAGUUCAGAGAGAAGAUGACCUGUACGCUCUGCCGCCCUUACAGCAAGAAGAAAAGCACAGUUCGGAAGAGGAAGAUGAGAAAGAAUGGCAAGAGAGGAUGGACCAAAAGCAGGCUCUACAGGAGCAGUUCUUCCAUGACCCUCAGGCCAUAGACAUCGAGUCGGAAGACUUCAGCAGCCUGCCCCCUGAGGUCAAGCACGAAAUCCUGACGGAUAUGAAGGAGUUUACCAAGCGGAGAAGGACGCUGUUCGAGGCGAUGCCUGAGGAGUCCAAUGACUUUUCACAGUACCAGCUCAAAGGCUUGCUUAAAAAGAACUACCUAAACCAACACAUAGAAAAUGUCCAGAAGGAAAUGAACCAGCAGCACUCGGGGCAAAUCCAGAGGCAGUAUGAAGAGGAAGGCGGCUUCCUGAAGGAGGUGGAGUCGAGGAGAGUGGUCUCUGAGGACACUUCCCACUACAUCCUCAUAAGAGGUCUUCAAGCCAAGAAAGUCACAGACGGGGAUUCACAGUCUCUUCCGCCACCCAGCAAAGUGCAGAGCACAGCAGUUGAUGUGAAGAAGCCGGGGCCGGAGAAGGAGCUCGGCGCCCCUCCUUCCCCGAGAAGUGUGCUGGCCAUGCAGGCGGCCAUGCUGGGGAGCAGCUCGGAGGAGGAGGGGGAGCCUGGCAGGUGGCUUCAGGGGCGGAGCGCGCCUGCUCCCCCUGCGCCUGCUCCCCCGGAGGCGGGCUCCCUGUCCCCAGCCACUCUCCGAGCCAUUCAGAAAGCGCUCGACGACGACGACGACGGAGACAGGAAAGUGCAUGCUGGGAGUGAAGGACAGGUGGGAGGGCCAGGAGCCGCAGACCUGCUUCUGGCCAGGUCCAAUGAGGAGCCUGCUGGAGGACUUCGAGCCGGAGGAGGGGAAGGGCCACUGUCGACACCAGCCCCGCGGUCACCUCAUGUGGACCUGGCUGAGGGGUGUGCGCCCAGCACCAAUCAUGACACAGAGUUGGCAGGGGUGACGCCCUUCCCAAGUGCCGCCUGUUGCCAAGGCGCUCACUCUGGCAUUCCAGAACAGUCGGUCGUUGCCAUGGUGAGGGAGGCCUUCCAGGCUAGUAGUGAGCCUGCCAUGAGGGGUGGAGCAGACCCUCUCCCCUUGGAGAACUCUGUGGCAAUGGCUGGCCAUGCCCGGGGUGCCGGGGAGCCAACAGCUGUUCCUCCGGCUGGCACCACGCCUGGUACAGACAGGGAAGCACGCACCCCUGUGCUGGGGCGACCACGGGGUCUCUGUCCAUCCCCGAGUAAAGAUGACUCCUCUGCCCUUUCAAGUGAUGAGGACGAGGAAGAGGGAAAAGGUCCUGCUUCUGAAGCCUUGGAUGCCGAGUGUCUGCAGGAAACGGGAAACACCCCAGGUGGCCCUUCGGAGGCGCAGAGGGAGGUGAAAAAUGUAGGGGUGCUCCCCGGGCAUUCCCUGGAAGCCGUCGGAGGAGAGGGGAGCGCUGGAGCUGCAGGCCAGGAUCUCGUGCUGGCACCUGCAUCCGUGAGAGCCGCGGACGUCAGCUCUGAGGACAGCGACUCUGACGGAAGUUUCAUCGAAGUGCAGAGUGUAAUUAGCAGUGAUGAACUUCAGGCUGAAUUUCAUGAAGCUGCUAAAUCUCCCUCUGGACAAGGUGAGGAGGAGCUGACAGGAACUAAGGAAGACGCCACUGGGGGCCCCGCGGGGCUUCUGAGGGACGUCUCUGGAAGCCAGGCCUUGGGUCCUGAGCCGCGAGAAGAAGCUGACAAAGAUGCAGACGAUUCGCUGAACGAAUGGCAAGAUAUUAAUUUGGAGGAGCUGGAAAUGCUGGAGAGUGAUCUUUCAGCACAACAAGCAUCACUGAAUGCGCAAAAACAGCAGCAAGAACGGGUCGCAGCCACUGUGACGGGACAGAUGUUUCUGGAAAGCCAGGAGCUGCUCCGCCUGUUCGGCAUCCCCUACGUGGAGGCCCCCAUGGAGGCCGAGGCCCAGUGCGCCCUCCUGGACCUGACGGACCAGACUUCCGGAACAAUCACUGAUGACAGUGAUAUUUGGCUGUUUGGAGCGCGGCAUGUCUAUAAGAACUUUUUUAACAAAAACAAGUUUGUAGAAUAUUACCAGUAUGUGGAUUUUCACAACCAGUUAGGGCUGGACCGGAGCAAGUUGAUAAACUUGGCCUACCUGCUGGGGAGCGAUUACACGGAAGGGGUCCCGACCGUCGGCUGUGUCACCGCCAUGGAGAUCCUCAAUGAGUUUCCGGGCCACGGCCUGGAGCCGCUGCUCAAGUUCUCGGAGUGGUGGCAUGAAGCCCAGAAGAACAAGAAGAUAAGACCUAACCCUCACGACACCAAGGUGAAGAAGAAGCUGCGCAGGCUGCAGCUGGCGCCCGGCUUCCCCAACCCGGCGGUGGCCGACGCCUACCUCAGGCCGGUGGUCGACGACUCCCGGGGCUCGUUUCUGUGGGGGAAGCCCGACCUGCACAGGAUUAGGGAAUUUUGUCAGCGGUAUUUUGGCUGGAACAGGACGAAGACAGAUGAGUUUCUGUUUCCAGUGAUGAAGCAGCUCAAUGUCCAGCAGACACAGCUCCGAAUUGAUUCUUUCUUCAGAUUAGCACAGCAGGAGAAACAAGACGGUAAGGGCAUGAAGAGCCAGCGACUGAACAGAGCCGUGACGUGCAUGCUCCGGAAAGAGCGAGAGGCCCGGGAGCGGGAGGCCGCGCCAGGCGCCCCCGAGAGCGACUGCGAGGCCCUGGAGCGGGCCGGGCCGGGGUGCGCCGCCAGCCCAGGCCAGGAGCCCCCGGUCCCGAAGAAGAAGAGGCCUUCGGGUCCUAUGGGCCAGGGGCCAGGCGGGGGCUUCCUGGGGGCCGCAUACCUGUCCCAGUCAGACAGCUCUGGGGGCGAGGACGCCCAGUGCUGCCACGCGCUGGCCAGGCCGAGGGGCGCAGCGGCGGUGGGGACGCCGGGCCGCCCUGCUGCACCCAGGGGCGCGGCCAGGGCUCCGGCCAGAGCUGGGGACGGGGACCCCACCUCCAGCAGCUCCAGCGACAGCGACGGAGAGCAGGGCAGGCCGGUGCUGGUGACGGCCAGGCCCGUGUUUGGGAAGCGGAAAGGGAGACUGAGGCGAGCUCGGGCAAGAAAGAGAAAAACCUGACAUAAGCGCGCAGCCUCUGCACUGACCUGGCAGCGUUUCAGCAUGAAUUUGUGGCGGGAAAUAAUAAAC